AUGGCGACGUAUUUCUCAAAUUGGCGCCAAUUUGAAUAUACAUAGUAUUGUAAAUUGUUGUAUAAUGCUCAAAUUCUUGUUUUUACUCGAUAAUAUAUAAAACAAAAUUUACCAAACAUGUAAACUAUGAUUUAUAAUAAUAUAUGAUCAUUUAUAAUAAUAUAUGAUUUAUAAUAAUAUCUUAAUAUUUAAAUUUCAAGUCCAUUAAAAUUCAUAUAUAUAUAUAGUAUCAUAGUAAAUUCAUAUAUAUAGUAUCAGUAAAAUGCACCAACACAUGAAAUUAAUAUAUUUUUAUUAUAUAUAAGUUUGUAUUUGGUAAGCUUUAAAUUAAAGAAAAGUUGAACAUUUGUAAAUGGAUAUUUCGGAAAAGAAAUAGUCAUUAUAUUUUUAUUAAAAUAGUAUAUUUUGUAUAUUGAAUAUAUCUUUUCUCAUAUAACCAAUUGUCAAAUAUUACAUUAUAUGAUCAAAAUAAAUGUUUGAGCAUUUAUAUAUUUUAGUACAAUGUUGCCUUAUAUUUUAUUUUAAAAAUAUAAUAGAAUUUGUUCUCUAAAACCGCCAGUAAUGCACUUGCGCAGAAGAAUGCGCGUGCUUUCUGCGUCUAUAAAAACUGUUCAGAUCGUAGACUGCGGCAGAAUCAGGAACGAGGAAGAUUCUCCGGUAAUUGCAAAAAUGGAGGAAAUGCAUCAACCACAACAGGUUGGGCCUAAUAUGAUGGCCAGUGUAGGUGGGGUUCCUAAUCACUCAAAUAAUGUUAAUCGGCGUAACAGAGUUCGGUCAUCAUUACACAGUUUGAUGAUAGGAAAACGUCCAAUAAGUGAGGCCGCUCAAUUGGAGAUGAAAUCAUUAUCCAACAAAACACCAGUUUCUAUUCUUCAGGAAUUGCUUUCUCGUAGGGGCACAACACCAAAGUAUGAAUUAAUACAAGUAGAGGGUGCUAUCCAUGAGCCUAUUUUUCGUUAUCGAGUUACUGUUGCUGAUGUUGUUGCAAUGGGGACUGGGAAGUCAAAGAAAGAGGCAAAACAUGCUGCUGCAAGAGCUGUAUUGGAUAAACUUUGUAGACUAAAUAGUGAAACCCCAGAUUCUCCACUUCCAAAUAAUCUACCAGAUUCUGAAAAUUUGCAAGAACUAUCUGGAUAUGGAGAAGAAAAAGUAAUUACAAAUCCAAUUGGAGCAUUACAAGAAAUGUGCAUGUCACGUCAUUGGCCUCCGCCAAAAUAUACAAUAGAAAAUGAGGAGGGUUUGCCACAUGAAAGGCAAUUCACAAUUGUUUGUUCUGUUUUAAAAUAUCGAGAAGUUGGCCAAGGAAAAAGUAAGAAAGUUGCAAAAAGACAUGCAGCUCAUAAAAUGUGGCAAGCUUUACAUUAUUUGACAGAAAACCCUAAUAUAGAUGAAGAUGAGGUUUUACAAAGAAAUGCAAAUCUGAGUGCCCGAUACGCUGAUUUGAAAGGUAGCAAAAUUUCAACUCUAACAACUAUUCAUAGCCUUAAGGUUUCACAAUUUCAUAAAAGUCUGAAGUCAUCCACUGGUGUUAAACUUUUUGAAUUACAGAAUACAUGUUUGAAUGAUGGGGAUGUAAAUUUGGUACAGUUUUUGCAAGAAAUUGCCUCAGAGCAGCAAUUUGAAGUAACUUAUGUUGAUAUUGAAGAAAGGUCUAUCAGUGGUAAAUGCCAGUGCCUUGUACAGCUGUCUACCUUGCCAGUGGCAGUUUGCUAUGGUUGUGGUGUUACUAGUAAAGAUGCUCAAGCUAGUGCUGCUCAAAACGCUCUGGAAUAUCUUAAAAUCAUGACCAAAAACGCUUUGCUCCUGCCAGAUGUCACUAUCAAUUGUAAAACUCGUAAUAAUUUGUUGUCCAAAAAUCAAAAUAACAGUACAGAUUCCAAAAUUUUACCAAACAAUCAAGUAGCGGAUAAGGGUAAAAACAGUCAAAAGCUUGAUCAUGUGGGAAAUAAAAGUAGGUUGUCAAAACCAUCUGUCAGAGCAGUAAACACUGCAAUGGGGAAUAAAGACACUACAUUAAGUACACUCACCACAACGUCAACUGUUACAGUUUCUUCAAAUAGGAUGAAUUCAUCUAUAAAAAAGAACAAUGGAAACAAUCAGAAUUUAAAAUCUACCGAGCAACUAACGAAGAAUGCGUCAAUUGUGACCACAAAUCAAUCUAAUUCUACUUUUAGUAGUGUAAGAGGUAUUACUGCAGCAUGUGUUGGUAGUAGUGUUUCUCACGAAAGUACAUCCAAGUCUAAGGAUUAUUCUGCUAAAAAGUUUUCCAGUGAAAUUGAUUCGAAAAUGAAGAAUUAUCAAAUACAAUCUGAGUACAAAGAAUCAUCUGUAAACAAUCAGGACUAUAAGUCAAGAAAUAGCGCAACUAUGAACAACUUAUCAUCAAGAUUUGUAAAUCAAUCAUCUAUUCAAAGUUUGCACAGAGAAAAUCAUGGAAUAUCUUCCAAUACACAUCAAUCUCGGCCAGUGUCACGAAACGAUAAUACCGCAUUUGCUCUGGCUAGAAAAGCUUUAGAACAACAGAAUUCCGCGUCGAAAAUGACACCAAUCAAUUUUCCACCGUUGCGCGCUCCACAGAGUAUUGUGAACGUUCGCCAUCCUUUUGUUACAGAAGCAAGAACCAAGCAUAAUGAUAUUGGUGGUCCAAAUUCUAAAUCGAAAUUGAACGUAGCAAGUUCUCUACAAAGUGGCGUGAAAGAUCUUGAUCACAGCAGGCAAACUUUCCACAGUUAUGGCACAUCACAAAUCGCUGGUAUUCCAAAUGUUCAAAAUUUAAGCAAUGUCACAGCAAAUAUGUCACCUUAUCCCAGACCAGAAAAUUUUCCUCAACCAACCGUUGCGAGUGUGCUAUUUCCCGACACUUCUCAAUUUCCUCAAUCACCUCCAUUCAGUACAACGCAAAUUGGACAACUGAAUCAAUAUCAAACUUAUGAUCCUAGUAGUUUUGCAACUACACCAGUGAAUGUAAACCCAGUAAUUCCUCAAUUUUCCGCAGAAAGUUCUAUUCCAUAUCCGCAGUAUGAUAAUCCUCCUCAAUUCGUGCAACCUAAUCAUUAUCCGACAGCGGAUAUAACAAACAGUCAGUAUCAAUAUCAAGCGGGUGUGGGACAACUACAAGAGUCACCAAUGUUCAUCCAAAGUCUGCAAAGUCCUAUCGCUGUAACGGAUCAGUAUGCUGCUCCAAAUUAUGCUAGAACAGUUAGAGCAGAAUUGAUACCACGAUUGAGGAGACCACCAAGAUUUAACAAGUAA